AUGACAGAAGAGGCCGUUGUCGAAGAUCUGUCGGAAUAUCAAGAGGAAGGAUAUGAUAUGAAUGAAGCCAGAGAAGAUGGAGUUAAUUAUAUUGCUGCUAUUUUUGCAUUUAACAACGUAUCAGGAACAUUGGGUCAAGACAUAUUUGGAAUAGCUAAAGUGUUGAAUAUUUUCUCUUCAAUUUCUGCGAUUCUGCAACCAUACGCUAUCUGGAUUUACUCGCUUCGCCCAAACACAAAUCGCAAGUUUGACAAGCACUUCAUUCCAAUUCCAGAUAAAGUGGCUGAGGUUUUAUGCGAUUUCGGUUUGGAUGCUUUGGGAUUGUAUCUGCCGGAAGAUCUCCUCAUUGGCGAUAUUCCCACAGACAAGUAA